GCGGAAUGCUGCGGCUAUCCUCACUCUUAUGUACUCGGUACCUGAAGAUUUACAUUUGUAUUUAAUGUUAUAAUGAAUUAUUUAAUGAAGCUAUGUGCAUGGGCAUUAAUACAAUUGCGGUUGGUCCACAGAAUUAUCAGGAAAGUAUGUGGAUGGCUAGUGAGUGCACCUUGGUAGUUGCAAGUACUGGCAGCAGUCUGGCUGAUAAGAGUUAAUCAGUCCUUUGUGGAGUGUGACACAACAACAAACACACACACAUGCAACACAGCUGUAUGUCCAUGUGUGAAUCACUAGCACAACUGGUUUUGUUAAUGUUUGCCUUGUCACACACUACCUGUGCCAUUGUGCUCUAUCUGUUGUGCUCUGCUGACAUAAUACAAGGAAUACUACUCUUGAAUUAUAUCAAUGUGUAUUUGCUUACAUAUUAUAUUCUGGAACUUCUCAGUAAAUAUUCAUUUCAUAAAUGGAUCACAUGCUAGCAAUACAAAACCUUGUAUCCACUAUAGUUAUGUAAAAUUCUAAAGUAUGUGAUGUAGAUACAUGUAAUUGUGUAAAUCUGUCAAAUUACUUCAUACACAUUGAAAUAUUCGACGUGUGAGUGUGCAGCAGGCGUUGUGCUGCAGUGAUUCAUGCUGAGCGGCGGUAUCCAUGUCAAUGAUGUUGUUAAUUAGCACCACUUAACUGCCUGGGCGCGGCGCAGCAGGCGCUGGCCACCAGCAUGGAACAGUUCGAGUUCGCGUGCAUCGGCGCGUCCAUGACGGAGGACGAGCGCGUCAUCAGCCGCUCGCUGCACCACUUCGCCACGCUCAUCCGCACCAUCGAGGACGAGCGCGACCGCAUGCUGGGGCGCGCACACGAGCAGAUCAUCCAGCCGCUCGAGCGCUUCCGCAAGGAGCACAUCGGCGCCGUCAAGGAGGGCAAGAAGAAGUUCGACAAGAAGACUGCCAAGUUCUGCCAGAGCCAGGAGCGCACGCUCUCGCUCUCCACCAAGAAGCCGGAGGCCGUCUUCCAGGAGGCGGACGCGGCGAUGGACAUGGCGGAGCGCGACUUCUGCCAGGCGUCGUUGGAGUACGUGUUCCAGCUGCAGGCGGUGCAGGAGCGCAAGAAGUUCGAGCUGGUGGAGACGCUGCUGGGCUUCGUGUUCGGCUGGUGGACCUUCCACCACACGGCGCACGACGUGCACGCCGACGCCGAGCCGCGCGUCAAGGACUUGCAGCUGCGCAUCCAGCGGACGCGGACCAACUUCGAGGAGAUGAGCAAGCAGACCGAGUCGCUCAUGAAGAAGAUGAUGGAGGUGCGCCAGAUGGUAAGUGUGUGUGCGUGCGCCGCGCUGGCCCGCGAGCCGCAGCCUCACCCCGCUCUGUUGCAGCACAAGGAGGAGCAGGCGGCCGACGAGCCGGGCGGGGCCGACUCGCGCGCCGGCUACCUCUUCCUCAUGGAGAAAAAGGCGUUCGGCACGACGACGUGGAGCAAGCAGUACUGCACGUACGAGAAGGCGUCGCGGCAGCUGUCGCUGACGCCCUACAACCAGAUGAACGUGAAGACGUCGGGCGGCACGGAGGCGCUGGCGGUGUGCGGCGCGCGCGCCUGCGCCGAGCCCGUGGAGCGGCGCUUCUGCUGGGAGUGCGUGCCCGACGAGCGCGAGCGGCCGGCGCUGGUGCUGCAGGCGCUGGGCGAGCGCGACCGCGCCGCCUGGCUGGCCGCGCUGCGCGAGCCGGGCGCCCGCGCCGCGCCGCCCGCGCCGCCGCCCGCGCCCGCCGCGCUGGACGACGCGGGCUUCGCCUUCGUGCGCCGCGUGCUGGCCGCCAUCGAGGCGCGCGGCCUGGAGGAGCAGGGCCUGUACCGCGUGGCGGGCGUGGCCAGCAAGGUGGCGCGCCUCGUGGCCUGCGCCGCGCCCGGCCGCCGCCUGCCGCCGCUCGACGACCCGCUGCACUGGGAGACCAAGACGCUCACCUCGGCGCUCAAGAGCUACCUGCGCGCGCUGCCCGACCCGCUGCUCACCCGCGCGCUGCACGCGCAGUUCCUCGCCGUGGCCAGUACGUGUGUGUGUGUUGUGUGUCGUGUGUCGCCGUGCCCGUGCUCACCCCGCGCGUGUUGCAGAGUGCGAGCGGCGCGGCGAGCGGGCGGCGGGCGUGGCGGCGCUGCUGCGCGCGCUGCCGCCGCACAACCGGGAGAUGCUGACGCUCGUGCUGCGACAUCUGCGCAAGGUGGCGGCGCGCAGCGACAAGAACCUGAUGUCGGCGUCGAACCUGGCGGUGUGCUUCGGGCCCACGCUGCUGCGCGCCGAGCGCGAGACCGUCGCCUCCAUCCUCGAGCUCAAGUUCUACAACGUGCUCGUGGAGACGCUGCUCGAGCUGCCCGACGACCUCGCGCCGCCGCCCCACCCGCCCCACCAGCCGCCCCACCAGCCGCCCCUCCUGCAGCCGCUCAGGACGUCGCCGACGGCGAUGGCGAGUGCUGGCGCUGGCGAGCGCGCGGACGUGUGCGUGCAGCUGUGCGAGCGCGUGCUGGCGCCGCGCUACUCGCCGCAGCACGCGACGCUGCUGGCGCAGAUGGCGCGGCCGGGCCGCUCCAGCAGCUCGUCGGCGGAGUCGGUGUCCUCGCAGGGCGCGUCGCCGCUGCCGGCCCGCGGCCCCGCCUGGCGCGUGCGGACGCUGUACGCGUGUCUGGGCGAGAGCGAGGGCGAGCUGUCCUUCGAGCCCAACCAGAUCAUCACGAACGUGUCGGCGUCGGGCGAGCCGGGCUGGCUGCGCGGCACGCUCAACGGCAAGACGGGGCUGGUGCCCGAGAACUACGUCGAGCCGCUGCCCUGACUCACCAUAUCUUAGGCUUAUGUUGUUGAUUCUUUUGUACGUAUUUGUAUAUUUUGUACAUUGUAAAUAAGAGUUUGUUGAUAUUUUAACUAUUUAUAUUAUACUUUGUUGUGAAUUUUGUACCAAAUAUACUAUGUAUGACGUAUUAUUAUGCGAUAUCCGCUCGUGGAUUUUAAUGAUAAAGAUAAAGACUAAUUUGAACGAAAA